GCCUUUCACCUAUGCAGAGCACACUUGCGUUUGCCUUGAGCAAUGUCUUGGCGCACGUGUGAUCUUUAGACACAUAAUCACUCUCUCUCGAUCACACUCUUGACACGCUUGCUUCGCUACCUUUUCGCCCAUCAUGAAACCUCUCAUCAUUCGCGUUGAGGAGCAUGGUACCUCAGCACCUGUGUUGACCCUCCGAUACAUUUGCCGCGAAAACGAGCUCGAUAUCAAGACUGUCUUCGCUCACUUCUACAACAUGAUUGAGCAUCCAGGCCGAGCCCAUUUCGACCAGCGUCUGAACGGCAAUCAGCGACACGAUGUCAUACCAUGCAGUGAGGUUUUCCUCGAACUUUUCUGGCAAGCUGCAGCCUAUCUACUUGACUACUUCGCCGACUUCUACGCAACCGACAACGCACUCAUGCAGAGCAUAUGGUUCCGCCUACUUGACGUGUGGCAAGUGUCCAACCCUGCUCCCUACUACCGCGCCGACGGCAGUGCGCAUCUCGCAACAGCAGCCGAAGAGUUCGAGAAAGAAUGCAAAGACACAAUGGACCUCAUCCACAGACUCAUGGCCCCGAAGUCAGCCACACAGGAGCACCACCCCGUCGCCCCCAUCAUCCACGACCCCCACAGAAGAGUCAAGGGUCUAGGCGGCUGGUACGAAACCGGCCCCUUCAUCUCGGGCCUCAAGCCAUGGCAGCAAUUCCUCUACUCCGGCGCCCCAGGCUUCACGCCCGCCGCCCCGCCCCUACCCGCAAACACCAACGCACCACGCCCUCGCACAUGCGCCACGCGCUACCUCCCCCAGCCCGCCAUCGCCCUCAUCCUAUCCUACACCGCGCGCGCGCGCACCCUCACCCGCGCCCUCGCCCAGAAACACCCGCCCUCCGUCGCCUCCUCGCUCGCCGCCUUCGACGCCCACGCCCUCGCCCUCCCGGCCGCGCCGGGCCGCGAAUACACGCUCCCCUCGGUGCGGCCGGGGCGCGUGCUCGCGUACCAGCUGGUGCAGGGCGCGCCGCCGGUGAAGCGGUACGAGGGGCUGACGGACCCGAGUAUGCUGGUCGAGGAGCCGGAUUUGGUGCUGUUGGACGAGGCGGUGGGGAUUUGCAAGGGCCGCGAGGCGUAUGUGCCGAUGACGGGGCCUGUUGGGGUGGCCGGGGUGGGGUUUGAUGUGUGGGCUGUGAGUGAGAGGGAGGAUGCGCAGGGUGGGAUGCAGAGGGGGGUGGAGAGGGUUUUGCUGGGGGAGAUGUUUGAUGAGUGGGACUUUGGCGAGGAGGAGGAGAAAUUCUGA